AUGUCUCCUUCUUUUCUCUCCUCUCAGAGGUUCUCUCGUCUUUUCAUACUGUCUACAAAACUACAUUCAAUACUUUUCUCAACUUGCGUAAUUAAAAAAACUUAUUCAUUCACAAACUAUUGUUACGAUACUAAGCAACCAAACCCUCUAACCUUCCAUACACCUGACAUUUACGGCGAACCAUCUCUCUUUCUUUCUCUCUCUAACAGUGACAUUCUCUCUCUCUCUCUCUCUCUCUCUCUCUCACACACACACAGUGGCAUCCCCUCUCUCUCUAACAGCGAAAUCCCCCUCUCUCUCUCUAACAGUGACAUUCUCUCUCUCUCUCUCUCUCAACUUGUUGAAAGUUUGACCGCACGCUUUGACAAAUGUAACCCGAAAACACUCAAGAACUCUUGCAAAGGUCAGGAUUUGUCUUCGAGGAAGACUCACUACAAUAAUGAUGACCCCGACGUUCGUCGUUCGACGUUCGUCGUUCGACAGUCGUCGUUCGACAGUCGUCGUUCGUCGUUCGACGUUCGACAGUCGUCGUUCGUCGUUCGACGUUCGACGUUCGUCGUUCGACAGUCGUCGUUCGACGUUCAUCGUUCGACGUUCGUCGUUCGACAGUCGUCGUUCGUCGUUCGACGUUCGACGUUCGUCGUUCGACGUUCCCGACAACAAUGGAACAUAGAAGUGUUUUUUUUAGGGGACUAA